CUCUCGGCUCAUUCCCUUCCGAGUUGUCGUGGCGUGAGGACGUUUUCUGUGUUCGCUCCAAUACGAAAACUUUCCUCGAGUGUACGGUGUAAACAUUCAUGUAUUUCAUAUUUAACCUUAUUCGCGUGUCAAUUUGACUCUACAGUGUAAAUUCCGUGAUUGUGUGUUGGACUCUAUUGGAUUUUAUAACCCUUGUGUUUACACGAAGGAAAAACUAAAUAAGAUCUUCCUGUGUGAUGUCAUUUGAACGAUGAUCCGUGAUCCGCCUGCCAUGCACAAAACUGACAAUACUCCAAGUCAACAAGACGAAAACAAAUAUGGACUCAGCAGUGUCGUGGGCAACACUGGCGGUGCCAGACUCUGUGCCCAAUGCGGGAAGGUCAUCACUGAACGAUUCCUUUUAAAAGCCAUGGAGAGGUUUUGGCACGAAGACUGUCUCAAAUGUGGAUGCUGCGACUGUCGUCUUGGCGAAGUGGGCUCCAAGUUGUAUUAUAAAGCUGAUCUCAUGCUGUGCAAAAGAGAUUAUCUUAGGUUAUUCGGUGCCACGGGCAAUUGUGUGGCGUGCAAUAAAGUAAUUCCCGCCUUUGAAAUGGUUAUGCGAGCAAAGAGUUUCGUUUACCAUUUAGAGUGUUUCGCCUGUCAACAGUGCAAUCACAGGUUCUGCGUGGGUGACAGAUUUUACUUAUGCGACAACAAAAUACUGUGCGAGUAUGAUUACGAGGAGAGACUGGUUUUUGCCAGUAUGGCGGCUAAUCCCACUGGCUUAGCUCACAUCCGGAGGCAAGUCAGCGGCCUACAGUCACCGAGCGGAGGAUACGUAGGUGGCGCGGCAUGCGCAGGAAAUCCCGCGGCGUUGGUGGAAAAGGAUAACGGGGGCUGCGCGGGCGCAGACGACGCGUCGAGCGGGUACGGAAGCCCGCCAGACCCCGAUGUGUGUGAUGCGGCGCGAUGACCGUCAAUGCCGCGCCGACAUCUUGCCUCGGUAAAACCGCACUGAGAGGUAGCAGGGCGGCGCAUAAACGAUAUUCAAAGGAAAUCAUUACAAUUAUAAUUAAUUUAUUAAAUAUCUCACAGCUUUACAUUUAUUUAGUAGUUCAUAUUUAAAUUAAAAACAGUUCUUAAGCCACGCUCAAACCUGCUCAGUUAUUUUAUUCAAUAAUUCUGCGUCGGAAUCGGAAUUAUUCCGGGGCUGAUUCCAACCUAUUGAAUAUACUGUAUUUGAAUCGGGACGAUUUCGGGGCUAAUUCCGACCUAUUGAUAAUACUGCGUUAGGAUCGGAAUGAUUCCGGGGUUGAUUCCGACCUAUUGAAAAUACUGUAUUUCAAUCGGAAUGAUUUCGGGGCUGAUUCCGACCCAUUGAUAAUACUGCGUUGGAAUCGGAAUGAUUCCGGCCCAAUUAAGAAUACUGCGUUUGAAUCGGAAUUAUUCCGGGGUUGAUUUCGACCCACUGAAAAUAAAGCGUUUGAAUCGAAUGAUUAUUCCAAUAGUGAGUAACGUAAUUCCAAUUCAGACAUCAGCGUUAUGUUGAAUGUAGAAGUGGUUGUUCAAAAACGUCAUUGGAAUCGCCUCAGUGGUAAUUCGUAUAUUGAGUCAAUAAUUGGGAAUAGCCCUGCUGGUAAGUUCCUGAUAACUGCUAAAUGCAGGAUUUUUUUUACGGCUGAACAUAAAUCUAUGUAAUCUAACUGUUUUUAAUUUACAUAUUUAGAAAUUGACAUUUCAAAGUAGUACUGAGAUGAUGAAGAUGGCCACGGUAAGAACCGGCUUGCAAAAAGCUUAGUGUUUCACCAACAUGCAUUAAAAGCAUCGCAGAGGUACUGUCAGCAACGGCAAUUUUACAUUAAAACACGAUUUAAUUUUUUUACUACCAAAAAUAUCUUAUAAGCAGGUAAAAAUGUAUAUAUGGCCAAAAAAUAACAUAUUUGUUCACCUGACAUCUUUUAUUUAUUUAUUAAAGUAUAUAUAAUGCAUUUUAUAUAUCAAUAUAUGUAUAUAUAUAUAUAAUGCAUCUUACAGAAAUCGAAUCAUAAAGUAAUAUUUUUGUUAUUAUAACUCGGGUUUACACUAAAAUUGUAACCAUGAUAACGAGCACGGUACUUGUCUUUGAAAUAAGUAUCGUUGUUCCACGUUACAAAAAAGUUUUAAUAACAAAAAGGUUACAUAAGAAUGCCUUUGCUGAUAGUACAACGAGCCAUGAAUGGCGGCCACUUUACAAAGUGUCCGGGAUGAGACGCGAUAACGUUGUCAGAACACGAUAUUUCCAUUAUGUAUACGAUUUGAGUCCAAGAAGCUUCGUGUGGGACGGCCUAGUGCUAAUUGUAUUUUAGGCCCGUGUCCACAGACUCCACUGUCAUAGAUUGUCUUUUGUUUUGUUUUAUAAAAUAGGUUUUAUAUAAGUUUCAUACAACGAGUCAGGUCCACAUGUAAUUGAUAAAAUCGAUCUCAUUGUUAUGAAAUUAUUCUGUUCUAUUCAAAGUUAGUGGUAGCGCUAUAAAAAUUCGAAAUUCAAAAAAAUACUUGUUCAACAACAACCGACCACUUUGUUUUUUAAUUUAUGAACGCUGUGGAUUGGUCGAAAACUUGCAACGUGAGAUGUUCGAAUUAUGAAAUUAGUUCGAAUUAUGAAAUUAGUUCGAAUUUUAAAAUUAAUAGAAUUUGCACACGCACAGUGCAUGUAGUGAAUGCCAUUGACUUUGAAAAGCACACAUCGUUGUUAUCAUACAAGGUAUGAACUUUGAUUAUUUUGUUUCGAUAUGAAUUGGUUUGUAGAUAUGUUGUUUUUGCCAAAGAUGAUCCUUGCUAGGAUUUUUAUCUUGAUUAAAGAUUAUUUUGUAACCUGAAUAGGUUAACGUGGUGCAAUGGUCGUAGUUGUAUAAUAUUAAUUUAGAAUGUACAAUAUUAUAAAUAAGAUUAUGUUUUGUUUACGCCAUCGCUUUAGUAAUGUCCACACGCCCUCUGAAUAGCGAGCUGAAUUUAGAGUAAAAUUAUAAUUAAAUGUACGUACAUUUAUACACCAGAUCAAAUAAUUUAAUAUCGAACUCAUAGUACUGUAGUAUGCUUCACGAUAUAUGUCAAAAGAAGAGCUUCUGUCUUUUGAAUUUUGAAAGAGUGUAUGUUAGAGCAGUGUUUCCCAAGGUGGGGCAAACCUAUUAUUUAAGGUUCUUUUAUUAAAAAGUUAUGUAUGUUAUGUACGAGAGGAGUCCAAAUACCAACUCUUUUGCUUAGUUUCUGGUAGAAUUUCUUUUGUCAAAGUCGAAAAUGUAGAAAUCUUUCGUUGCUUUGGGCUGGUUAAACAUUUCUAAGGAUCAUUAAAAUUUAAUACAUUUUCUAGUUUGACAAUUGACACAUUACAUAUUUUGACAUUUGAUUUAAUAAACUAACAGCCUCUAUUCAGCGUACGUGUGGUAUAAUAAAAUGUUAUAACUGACAGCUAUGUCAUGUAUUAUAGAUAAUAGUUAAUGUAAAUCUUCAAAAGUGCAAUUCGUACGUUAAAAGGGGCUCUACUUGGCACUUGAAAUUAAGUGCACUUUUGAAGAUUUAAAUACAAAUGAGGACUAGGGCUUGAUGAUAUGAAUUGAGAAGUCAUUUUAAAAGGAACAAUCUAUAUUGGGACUUUUUGUAAUUUUAGAAUUAUGGUGAAAGAAUUGAAAAGAAGAUUGUUAACAAAGAGAGUGGAGCUAAAAUUGAAUCAAUGGGGCGUUUU